AUGGUCGACGAGACUACAACGACUAGAUAUUAUGAUUUUGUUGUGGAGGAGGGGACAGGUGCCCCGGAUGGUGUCGAAAAGACCAUGCUUGUUGUCAACGGACUCUACCCUGGACCGACGAUCGAGGCAAACACCGGAGAUCGAAUCAUUGUGAACGUAACGAACAAAAUGGUCAAUGCCACGGCCAUUCACUGGCACGGCUUGUAUCAAAACGGCACGAAUUAUUACGACGGUACCGCCGGAAUUACGCAGUGUGGUAUUCCACCUGGCGAAUCUAUGGUGUAUAACUUCACGAUCGACAACGGUUGGGUGGGUAGUACUUGGUGGCAUUCCCAUUAUGGCACCCAAUAUGUAGACGGGAUAACUGGUGCUCUGGUUGUCCAUGGCAAGGACGAGGAGGUUCCUUCUUACGACGAGGACCUCGUAAUACAGAUCUCGGAUCUGUACCAUGGGUUCUCCACGGAUCUUCUAGAAUACUACUUUAUUCCAGGCGGUAUCGAUGGUACUCCCGGAAAUGAACCGGUACCUGACGGAGGUACCAUCAAUGGCGUUGGUCAAUAUGGCUCGCACAACACCUCUUUCUUCAAUUUUACUCUCGAAACUGAUAAGACGUACCGCCUUCGUCUCAUCAAUCCGGGCACCUUCGUGGCGAUGGAGUUUUCCGUGGACAAUCACACGCUCAUGGUCAUUGAGGCGGAUGGCACUGCCGUCGACCCGGUUGAGGUGUCUAGUGUCUCCGUCGCCGUCGCGCAGCGGUACAGCGUGCUACUCCGAACGAACCAGACGGCGGGGGCGUACUGGAUGCGCGCCGCGCUGGACCAGACCGCAUUCACCUACGACAACCCAGGAUGCCAGACGGAGAUCCGGGGUGUGAUGCGCUACGGGGUGGACGAUGAUGCUAUGCCCGAUAUCGAGCUGCUGGACAAUGCGCCGAGUUUGCCGAGCGGUGCCCCGGGUACGCUCGACACGGCAAACCUCGUACCUGUCGGUGGAGGCCCGGCGCCGGAGCCUACGUUCUCGACGUACUUCACCAUUUCGAUGCAGUACCCUGAGGGCGGGGACUACUAUUCACGUUACCUCGCCUUUAUUAACAACACCUCCUGGGAGCCCCUCAACACCACCUCAAGUCUUUUCGCGCACCUCGGGAACUCCACCAGUGACGGGUCCGCAGACUUCUCCGGUUCACAGCUCAUCACGACUGUCAACGAGAUUGCGACAGUAGAGAUGAUCAUUGACAACCUCGACGAUGGCGAUCAUCCGUUCCAUUUGCACGGCUACAAGUUCUGGAUCAUGGCUUCUGGCGAUGGCAGGUACGAAGGGCAGAGCGUGAAUAACACCGCGCCGAUGGAUCGGGAUACGGUUGUCAUUCCCGCUUAUAGCUGGAUGAUCCUCCGUUUUGUGGCUGACAAUCCGGGAUACUGGGCAUUCCACUGUCAUAUCGAGUGGCAUAUGGCUGCUGGACUACUGUUUCAGUUCAAUGUGCUGCCGGCUCAAAGUCAGAAGUUCGAGAUUCCGCAGUAUAUGAUAGACCAGUGUUCGCGCCAAUGA